AUGGCUGCAGGCAAGAAUUAUACAUUAGGCCUUAACGAUUUUUCCGAUUUAACCACUGAAGAAUUAAUUUCAUGUUCCGGCAUAAAGAAUAUUCCAAGCGAACUUGCUUCCUCUAAAACAGUAUUUUUCAACAUGAGUGUCGAUAAUAUUCCAAUGACCGUUGAUUGGAGAAAACGAGGAGCUGUCACCUCCGUUAAGAAUCAAGGCACUUGUGGAGGUUGUUGGGCUUUUGCAACUGUAGGAGCUAUAGAAAGUUCUUGGAAAAUAAAAACAGGUAAUUUGAUCUCAUUGUCAGCCCAACAUCUGAUUGAUUGUGAUUCGCAGAGUAAAGGGUGUCGUGGUGGUUAUCUUGAUACUGCCUUUGAGUUUGAAGCAACAUUUGCUGAUGGUAUUCCUAGCGAAGAUGAUUAUCCAUUCAAAGGAAUUCAACAAGCCUGCCGUGAUGAUUUUAAGCCCUCAGCGGGAAUCAAUGAUUUUCACUUUGUACCUGGUGGAAGUGAACAACAACUACUACAAGCUGUGGCACAACGACCAGUAGCAGCUCGAAUCGCCUCUGGUCCUGAAAUUCAUGCUUACAAGGGUGGAAUUUAUUCAGGAUCAUGCGGACCAUUUUUGAACCAUGCGAUUGUUAUAGUUGGUUAUGGGAUAAGUGUUUAUGGGCAAAAUUAUUGGAUAAUCAAGAAUUCAUGGGGCAACGUUUGGGGUGAAUCAGGCUACAUGAAAUUAACAAGAGGAACCGGAUCUCCAGAAGGUCAUUGUAGCAUUGCUGCUGGAUAUUCUAUUUAUCCCACUCUCAUGUCUUGAGAUUUCCUCUACUAUCUCACCAUAAAGUACUUUUAUAUUAAUGGUUUAAA